AUGGAUCCGAUCCUCAUCCUCCCCGCCGUCCUGAUCGAGCAACUGGUAACCAGCCUGAGGUCCCUGCACGACGUCGCCGCCGCCCGCCUAGUCAGCCGAGCCUGGCGCGCCGCAGUCUCCUCCGCCGUUCGGGACCUGAGGCCUGUUGCCGGCGCGGACGUGGCGCGGCUGCCGGCCGCCUUUCCCCGGACGGCCUCCCUGACGCUGACGGCGCGCCCCGCGUGCCUACCACACCUGGGCAAUCUGGGCCGGCUGCUCGCACUGCGCAUGCUAUGCCUGGUCUCCACGCGCAACCGCCAGCGCUUGGACUGCGCCGUGCUGCUGCCGCUGGCGGACGGCCUGCGCGAGCUGACCCUCUCCCACUUCCAGCUGGCGGGGCGCGCCACCCUGUCGCACUUCUCACGCAUGCGAAACCUGUCCGUCGGACGCUGCGGCUUUGAUCCUGGCGACGGCGCCGCACGCGCGUCCGAGGCCCUCCUGCGCCUGCCCCGCCUGCGCUCCCUGGAGGCCCCGCUGCACGAGGUGGGGCCUGACCUGGCCUCCCUCCCCCGUCUCACGGCCCUCACCCUGACCGGGGUGCCGCACGGUGAGCUCCGAGGCGCGGCCUGGCUGGGGGCGCUGCCUGAUCUCGCCAGCCUGUGCCUCGUCCUCGAGUCGGAUCUGGCCGCCGUUUCCUGGAGGGACUGGGUGGACGGCUUCCUGGCAAGACUCGUGGUUGGCAUGCCUCGCCUGCAGCACCUCACCAUCCUGGGCUUGGCUGGCAUCAGCGAGGCGGGCAUGGCCAGCCUGGGUCAAAUGGCGGCGCUCCGGGAGCUGCACCUGGAUGUGGAACCCACGCUACACACCUUGCUGGGGAAGAGGCACUCCCCGCUGCAGAGCCUGGGGAGCCUGCGACAGCUGCACACCCUCAGCCUGUCCCACGUCGACUUCCUGCGCUCUGGGAGCGGCGCGCUGAGCACGCUGCCCGCGCUGCACCGCCUGACCCUGCGGGACCCCGCCUGCCUGAACGACGGCGUGGCGCACGCUCUGCGCUUCCUCCCCCACCUCGCUGAGCUGUGCAUCACGGACUGCAGCUGCCUCACCGACUGGGGCAUGCACGCCCUCCUCUCAUCCCUGCCCAGGCUGCAGACGCUGUCCCUGAGGUCUGGCUGCUCCAGGAUUUCAGAUGUGGGAUUCCAGAAGCUGGGGACCCUCACCCACUUGGAAAGCUUGAGCCUGACUGGAUUUGCCAAGGUCUCUGACGACGGCAUUGCUGGCCAGCUGAUGAGCACGAAGACCCUGAGGCAGGCGGACUUCUUUGACAUGAAUGUAGGAGACAUCAGCUGCAAAGCCCUCGCCACCUCCGCGCGGGGUCUGGAGAAGGCAAAGCUCCAGUACUGCUGGAACCUGACCUGCAGGGGAGUGGACGCACUUCUGGAGAUCCCAGACCUCCGCUCGCUCAUGCUGCACGGAUCAGAGGCAGUAGGGCGUGGCACGCAUGCCAUCCAGAGUGCACGCUUUGCCACAGUGCUGAGCGACACCAGGGUCCCACCAUGCAUAGAGGAAGCCGACGACAUCAAAGCCUACGUGACCGACACCUUACGACUUACAGACCCCUCCACCAUUCCGGACGGUUCCCCAGGUCCUCAGCCAACCCAGGACAUCCUGUAUCGCAUCGAGCCCAUGCCUCCACCCAAAGCUGCAGCGGUGGCAUACCUGGAUGGGCAUGGGCCGGAGCCGGAGCGUUUUGCCCAUGUGAUCACCUACCGCGGCACAGCCAGCCCACGGGACAUCAUGGAGUACCGGGGCGCGUUUGAGCUCAAGGAUAUUUUCCUGAGCAUGACAGGAGGUUAUUGCUAUGCCUCUUGGGUGGAGGAUGUCUCUGACCUGCCAGAGCCCUCCAACGUUACAGCCUUCGACGCCCGAGGCAUACCAGCUGCCCUUCUGGAGGCCUUCAGCGAUGGCAGCAUCACGAGGUGCUCUGCGCCGGCCUUUGGGACGCCCGGGUACGACUACACCUGGGCCACCACAGAUCCCCGCCGACUCCGGGCCGGAAAUGUCGAGCCCGGGCCCCGCCAGUACUCGCCACGCGGCCUGCGCUUUGCCAUCAGCUCCACGCGGCACACGGGCAGGCGCUUCCGGUGGUUUGGCUGGGAGGGGCAUGUGACGCUGCGCGGCGACACUGGCAUCGCCCUGCACGACGUCACCUACAAGGGCCGCCGCAUCCUGUACGAGCUGUCACACCAGGACAUGUACGUGUCGUACAGCGGAUAUGGAGGGGACGGCCAGACGUUUUACCUGGACAGCGCGUUUGGCAUCGGCCAGAACACCAGGGCACUGAAGAGGGGGUACGACUGCCCCUGGAACUCUGCCUACCUGGGAAGCGAGCUGCAGUAUGGGACGGCUGGCGCGGCCCGGCAGGAGGACGUCAUCUGCAUGUUUGAGGACGACAUGGCGUCACCCACCUGGAGGCACACCCACGUCGGCGACAGCCGGGGGCCGCACGCCGACGGUGCGCGGGCGGUGGAGUUUGUGGUUCGCACCGUGGCCACAAUUGGGAACUACGACUACAUGUUUGACGUCAGGUUCAAGCGCGACGCCUCCAUCGAGGUCAAGGUCACCAUGGCCGGGUACAUGUCGACGCUGUUCUUUGACCCUGGGGGUGGCACCCGCAGGGACACGCCCUUUGGCACUCGGGUGCACACCAACGUCCUGGCCAACCUGCACGACCACCUUUCGGGCUGGAAGGUGGACCUGGACGUUGCUGGCGUGAACAAUACCUUUCUGACCCAGACGGUCAAGGCCGGCACAUUUGCGGAGGCGCUGAAGGAUGUCGACCCAGGUGCUGAGGCGCCGGGCUGGAUAUCGGAGCCUGUUCUCAAGUACAUAUCCACUCGCCGCCCCGACAAGGAAGUCGGGCUGGUGAUGAAUGCCAGCCAGCCCACGGUGUGGCAAUUUGUGAACGAGAAGGAAACCAAUGCGUGGGGCAUGCCACGCGGGUAUGUCAUCCAGUCUGGCGAAAGCGUGACCAACACUGACCUUAUUGGCUGGGUGACAAUAGGGGUGCAGCAUAUACCCCGGGCAGAGGAUGUACCUCUCAUCUCCAACUUUGGUGCAAAUUUCUAUAUCAAGCCUUGGAACUAUUUCGACAGCAUGGAGGCCAUCGACACUGAUUCUGACGACACAGACGAAUGGGAGAGCUGCCUUCCCGACCUUGAGGGCGCCAAGACGUACAAGUGGUCCUUCAACUAG